AUGAAAUCAUGCAGGGAAAUCUCCAAACCUUUGGAGGUGAUCGACGAUCUGUUUGCACCAUAUGCAGACUCUUAUAACACUGGCCUGGCUGGCACGCUUCCUCCACGUGAAUGGCGAGAGAAGGCCCACUUCAUUCGCUUUCUGCAACUUCAAGACGAGGACAACUUCCGACACAUUCCUUGCCUCAACGAUCUCAACGAGGAGGAACUUGAGAGCGUUGCACACCAAAGCCUUGUGCGAUAUCGAUGUAUGGUACAGGAUGUGCUGGAACCAGAAGUUUUUUCCUCUUUGCUGGUUCAGACAGAUUCAUAUGGUAAGGCAAAGCUCCUGACAACCAAGUACCGUGAGAUUUGCAGUGCGGAAAAUGUGAGCGAUUUGGGAAACCAAGGGCUUGGGACCCGAGGAGUCUACUACUGCGUUCCGAUGCCAGGAGAAAGCGUUUGGGCACACGCUCCAGGCAGAUCGAGUGUACUGACGGCUAAAUCUGUGGAACCAGAGACGUGUGAAAGGCCACCAAAGCAGCGCAGAGGUGCCGGUGGUACAAAGAUUCUGUGCUCAGACAUUGACCCCUGUGACCAGCUUGCCGAGUCUGCGGAGCCUCAGGCUCUGUGUAGCUUCAAAUCCUCUAAAUUUUCCGCUGGCUUCGUAUCCUGUGUCGUGAAACUCUAUGAUGCAGACGAGGAGAUUUUGAGACUCUGCGAGACGGUGGAGAUACUGGGUGUGUUUUGCAUGGAUUGCAAUCAGCCACCUGCAGAUCUGUGUGAUGAGGGCGACAACCUGCCAAGGCUUCACGGCCUCUUCGUUCGGAAGCUGCCGUUUUUCCACCCCAUGUUGCCUUUUAGCCCGCGCUGGCUUUCUGAAGGUCGGCUGGUGUGUACCGUACAAAGGCGUUUUGCUUCUAGUGCCAUUGGCAAGCUGCGUGGUUUGGCCAUCAAAUCUUUGCAGAAGUGUUUGGCUGGCGAUGUGCUGGCGGCAGAGUACAUCCUCGCUUUGUCUGUGGCUCGAGUCUAUGGCAACAAUGGGAACAGAUCACUAGGGCACUGGUCUUUGAACAUUAGCGGGUGGCCCGAAGACCUGUCUGUUGCUGCUCUGGUUGAGGCGAUUUCCAACUUGCUACCACGGGUGGUACAUCUACCAGUGACGGCUCAAUCUUUAAGCACUGAGCAAUGGAAACCGCGAAAAGACUUUGAGGCGAAUCGCUUGCAGACGGGUCAGUUGCAACUAGCACCUGGCACACUGCUGAUUUUGGACGAGACAAAUAUGGAAGUUGGGAAGUUGGAUGAAGCUGGUGUCAAAGCAUUGCGAGCCAUUCAAGCUUUGGAUUCAGAACAGAUGCUUUUGAUUGACUUUGACAGAUACGAAGUCCAGAUUCCUUUGGAGGUGAACUGCCUGUAUGUAUCAAACAAGUCAUCGAUGUUGAAAAAUGCCGACAUUCUUUUGCCCCUAAGACCACAAUUGAACAACGUUGACUAUCCAGAAACUUCUGCUGGCAGCUUGGAGGCGCUUCGGUUCCUGCUUGGACUUGUAUCACACCGAACACAGCCACUGCAUUUGCAACAGAUCAUGGGAGCCUUUAGCGAAGACUUUGCUCAUAUGCGCGACGAGUUCCGAGAUAUGCAUCUGGGGCAGCAUACUCUUCACGUUUGGGUAGCUCUAGCCAGAGCUUGCUGCUAUACCCAUGGGGAAGAAGAGAUGACUCUUCAACGCGUUGCCGACGUUGCAUUGAAGGUUAAGUAUAGGCGGAGAUCUGAGAGACGUGUGCAGGCGAACGGCCCACAGCGAGUCCGCUUUGAUGCCUUCCGGAGGUUGCACGACAGAGAUGCAGAGCAGUCUCUUCUAGAUGCAGCCGAUGCAGAGAGGACCCGAUCCACGAUCCAAGAGGCCAUCUCUGCCAAGGACAAGGCUCUGCUGGAGAAAGCCUACGAGCUUCGAGAGGAGUCCCGAAUGGAGGAGGAGAAUGCGCAAGGGAUGGCAUCCAGCUUUGCCGCAACGCUCCAACAAUUCAGUGGCCAAGCAGAGGGUGCUAGUUCUUGCAAGGGCCUCGCUUGCGGGGGCCUCGCUUGCGGAGGCAAUGGGUUUUGCGAUGAGAGCAGCCAAGAAGGAGCUCGUUGCAGAUGCAAGGCUGGCUACGAGGGUACGGGAUUUGUAUGCAACCCGGCGGUUUCUUUCGUGGAGCACCCGCUGAUCUCCGAAGCUCCUGGGUCAAAGGCGCCACAGGUAGCUGAUUUGCAUGUGACCAGCUUGCGCGACAAUGCAGUGGCCGUGCUGUUCCGCGAUGCUUCCAGGCAAAACCGUGGCUUCCUCGUCAUCGGGGUAGCUCAAGAUAAUGGCAUGCGCUGGAGCGCUCCAGCGCUUCUGAGUUCGUCUGCAGUUUUCGGUCCUGUGUUGGCUGAGCUAGACUCUGACCUGGCCAUCGCUUACAGGACGGACGAUCGUGGCGGCGAUGGUGUACUUCUGGCUGCAAGGCGAGAUGCGGAGAACAGAAUCCAGCUUGGACCUCCGCGCGUUUUCACACACUACCAGGCGCAGAGCAUGUCCCUUAUUGCCCUGCCGCAGUCCAGGGUAGUGGUCCUGUUCGCUGAACAUCAACCAAACAAGGUUGCUCCUGGAAAAUGGGAGCACUUUGGCACGUCCCUUCUUGCAGAUAUCUUGCCAGAUGAGAGACUGGGUGGGCAGAUGGUGCCGCGAGUGCUUGGAAAGUAUCAUUUCGCACAGGGUGCAGUCUCCCGCAUUAGCGCAGCACCUCUUUCGUCCAAGCUUUUUGCGAUUGCAUACAGACAGGGCCGAAGUCAGAACAUGGAGAAGGUAGACGACAAGUCUCCGUCACGUGAGGCCAGUGUCUCUCUGGCCGAGCUCUGGGGUUCGGAGCUGGUCUUCACCACCAAGUCGCUUUCUUUGGAGCCUCAGAAAGAGCAGAUCUGGGCACGAUCUGUAGCUGGCCUUGGAGAUGGG